UAUGACGUGAGAGACUGCAAUGCGCGGUUACGUAAAAAAAUAUUGUGGACCGUGCCAAGGACGCCCAGUUUAUUGGUAGAUGAAGAAACUGCUACAUAAGGGAAUUUACUAUUAUAAAUGCUUUGUGGAUUUUUAAAUACUAAAAAAAACGUAAAGAUUUAUCUACCCUGGCCCCGUAGCCAAUUGUGAUGACCUUGCUAUAAGAGAGACGAGACAAAGAAAUUUAAAUACAAUAAUACACUAUCUAGGCGUAAUUCUAGUUUUAGAAAUAAACUAUUCUAUUCCACGCACGUUAUAACCACUUCCUUAUUAACCUACAUCGUAUCAAAAGCGGAUAAAACUUGUUACAUAAUGAAACAUGCAUUCUAUAAACCAACAAACGAAUCGCUGGACCCAAGCAGGUCGCAUCGUCCAACAAUAUUAAUAACACUUGCACAAUAACUUACAUAAGGCAGAGAGAGCUCAGCCAAUUUACUUCCGAAACCAGCCCUGAGCCGCGAAGCCUGAAGGUGCUAGUGAUUGUUAGUCGCCACUUCUUGGUAGACUCGCGUGGUCGUGUUUGAACAAUUGUGAAAAAUAAAAUGUAAGUUAUGCAAAUAGUUAAAGCCAUGGAGGUUGAAAAGAAAAUCGAGGAUGUUGUGGUGAUGAAGAAGCCCAACUACAUGCUUAUGUCCUUGCAGAGGAUAUUAGUGUUGUUCGUUAUACUUAUAAGUGUUAUUAUUGUUGUCUAUUAUACCCCAAUGCCAGAGGAAUACUUCGAAAAUUGUGAUCGCGAAUGUCACGAGCUCGACUGGCCAAUGAUAUGUCGUGUAAAACUUGUUAUAGAAGUUUACAAAACAAACAGCAAAUCCUGCAAUCAUUGCUUAGAAACUGGCAAACCGUGUCCACCAAUGUGCAUCACAGCUGAUGGAAGAGAGCGUGGUGUUCUUUCAGCAAAUAGAGAACUUCCGGCACCGGCGUUCCACGUUUGUCAGAAUGACAUUCUCGUCGUAGAUGUGGUUCACCGCGCACCAGCACAUGCACUCUCAAUGCAUUGGCGCGGUCAACCGCAAAAAGAAACUCCGUUCAUGGAUGGAACGCCAAUGCUAACGCAAUGUCCACAACCGGCGUACACGACCUUCCAGUAUAAAUUCAGAGCGUCAGCUGUCGGUACCCACAUGUACCACGCCCAUUCUGCCGCUGAUGCAGCUGAUGGUCUUGCUGGUGCGCUAAUUGUACGGCAGUCCCCUAGGCUAGAUCCACUAAAACGCUUAUAUGAUAUUGACGCAACAGAACAUACGAUAUUCAUAGCAGAAUGGGGUCACUCGAUGGGGCCCUUGGCCGGGGUGUCUUCAAUAGUUCCUGAUGCUGAAUCUUUACUCAUCAAUGGAAAGGGUAACACUUUAGAAUCGCCAGAUGCUCCACUAACAACAUUUAAUGUUGAAUAUGGGAAGAAAUACAGAUUCCGCCUUGCAUACGGUGGGGGUGUUAAAAGUUGUUCAGUUAAAUUUUAUAUUAAGGAUCACACGUUGGAUCUAGUUUCUUUAGAUGGGAACAUGAUCGAGGCUGAAAACGUUAAUAGUAUAACUAUAGGGCGAGGUGAGCGCGCAGACUUUGUUCUGAAAGCUAAUAAACUGUCUGGUGUUUACGAUGUAAAAGUUGAAGCUGAUAGAGACUGUCAAGACAAUUUAGAAGGUGUUGCUAAGUUAAUUUAUAAAAGUAAGGAGAGCAAAGUGCUUCAUAAAGACGAUAACGACUCGGUGGGCACUGAGCUGGUUAGAGACUUUACGACUGUGUAUAGUGAUAAGUGCAGUACUGAAAAGUUAUUGUGUUUGGAUGAAGUGCAUUCUACUAAGAAACUGUCAGAAGAAUUAUCAGGGAUCCCUGAUGAAGUCAUCUAUAUGCCCUUCAAUUAUUCAACGCGGCAAAUAUCUGCAAAACGUAUUGAAAGCUGGGGUCAGUCGGAUGGUCACCGUUUCACGUACCCAGCCUCACCUCUCUUAACCCAAGGAUCUGAUAUAGGGUCAGAGGCUCUGUGCUCAGGGCCUGGUCAAGCAGAGGAAUGUGUUCAUGUGAAGAACGUACCUUUGGAUUCUACCGCGGAGAUUAUUAUGUUCGAUCAAGGUGGCGAGUCCGAUCACAUCUUCCAUCUUCACGGCUACAGCUUCUACGUCGUUGCCAUGCAGCAAUACAACAGAAGCUUAGACAAAGAUUUAGUAAAACAAAUGAAUGAAGAAGGAAAAUUAUUUAAUACAAGAAACGUUCAAAAUCCAGUGUUAAAAGACACCAUUGUGAUUCCCAAAUUUGGUGUUGUUGCUAUACGCUUCAAAGCAGAUAAUCCCGGUUACUGGAUGAUGAGGGAUGAGAGAUCAGCUCAUUGGACAAGGGGGCUCGAUUUUGUUUUAAAAGUCGGUGAGGAGAAGGACUUUGUUCAGGCACCUUCAGAUUUUCCUAAGUGUGGUUCUUAUGUUGGUCCGGAAUACUUUUUAAUUUAAUUGUGAGUCUGGUGUGUCUAUAUAUAAAUCUAGAUAGAUUUGAUACAGGAUAAAUAAUCCUGCAUCAAAAAUAACAUGUAUGAUAAAGCUUUAUUUACGUCACCGAGCAUUUAAACUAUUAAUAAACUCAUAGUAGAUUAUUUACAGUGUUCAAGAGAUCUUAUUGAGGUUAAAUUACCACUUGCAUAUAAUUACAAUUUAAAUGAUACAAAAUAUCUAUCAAACUAAUAAAAUUUAAAUUUUCUUUUGAAAAAGCAACCAUUCCAUCAGUAUUUUCUUAUGACGUUGUCACGUUCAACAAUCGUCAGUAAACCGACUUUACAGACAACCGAUUUUUUAAUGGAAUUUGGUUAAGGCAUAUUAAGACAGUGAAUAAUGAAGCUCUAUCGAGUUUGUAAACAUUAUUUUGGCUGUAAUUUUUGAUUGAUUUAUGUUUUGACGUAACUAAACCUUUAAACUUAUUAUAUUUUAUUUAAUAGUUUGACUUCUGGGCUUAGCUUAGAUCAAAUAAUAGUCAGUCAACCACUUUCCUUUUAAAUAGACAGUUAAAUCUUUCUUUUAUUACUGCUUUAGAUGAUGAUAUGCUAUUUAUGAUUUAGAUAAAUAAUUUUUUUGUACAUUUACAUUUUACAACGCACUCGCGUCCAUAGGCGGCGCUUUCACUUAACAGGUGAGCCUUCUGCUCGUCUGCUCCCUGUUCUAUAAAAAAAAGUCUUCUGGAACAAAAAAUAAUAAGUCAAAUUUUUUGUUUAGGGUUUUGAUAAACGGGAGUCACACUCAGCACUCAUCUUGUUUUUGAUUACCUGAAUGUAUAAAAAUUCUAGUAAAAUUCGCGUAACUCACGUGUUGUUAUAGUCAACAAUUGCUAUACAAAAUUAGUGCCAAAACGCAAAUGACAGUAGUUUAGGAUAACGACACACUGACCAAAUUAUUAAUAAAUUCUGCAUGAUUUAGCUCACCGCCGGCUGAAAGUAUUUUAAGCUUUAUUUAUUAGUUUUGUGAUAGUAUCUCGAGACGUAAUCAGAGCGUGACAUACAACUCUAUGCAGUUAACAUGUUUCUUUAAGAAUUUGAUAAUUUAAAUUAAAAUUGCGUCUUUUGUAUGAACCUUGUAUAUGACAAUACUUUACAUGCGUUUGUUAAUGAAAAUUUUGUACGA